ACCAAGAGACCAGGCAAAUUCAGUUAAUUCGCACACCCCCUCCAUUAACCCACAACCCCCCCUUUUCUCCUCCACCACUCAUCUCAACCACCGUCACCAAUGCCACCACCGCCGCUAACACCCCUCUUCCUCCUCCUCGUCCUCAUCACCACCACCGCCGUCUCCGCCGCCGCCGCAACAACCCAAGAUUCCGAUCUGGAAUCGGACUGCACAAACAAAUGGAUCCACAUCCGGCACCUCCCACCGGAAUUCAACCUCGACCUCCUAAAAAACUGCUCGGAAUAUCCGGUGUUCGACAACUUCUGCCCCUACAUACCAAACCACGGCCUCGGCCACAAAACCCACAACUCCUCCCACAGCUGGUACCGAACCGACCCGUUUAUGCUCGAACUCAUCUUCCACCGCCGCAUCCUCGAAUACCCGUGCCUCACACCCGACCCGGUUCUCGCCGACGCCGUCUUCCUCCCCUACUACGCCGGAAUCGACAGCCUCAAAUACCUCUUCGGCCCCGAAGUCAACUCCAGCUUCCUCCACGGCCUUGACCUGUACCAAUACCUCACGAAUUCCGAAAAUACCCCUUCCAUUUGGGAUAGGCACCACGGCCACGACCAUUUCCUCGUCAUGGCCCGGCCCGCCUGGGAUUUCAGCCAGCCCGUUUCCAACGACCCGCCGGUUUUCGGCACCUCGUUUCUCGAGCUGCCCGAGUUUUUCAACGUCACCGCGUUGACUUUUGAGGCGAGGGCGUACCCUUGGCAGGAGCAGGCGGUUCCUUAUCCGACGUCGUUUCACCCGCCGAAUCUGGCGUUUCUUGAUUCGUGGAUGAACCGGGUUCGGAGAUCCCGCCGCAGCACGCUGAUGGUGUUCGCCGGAGGCGGCGGAAUCUCGGCGAACCCGAAUGUGAGGAGAAGCAUCCGGCUCGAGUGCGAGAAUAUUACCAACAGUGUGAACGCAAACGAAACCGGAUAUUCGAAUCUUUGCGAGUUUGUGGACUGCUCGAAUGGGGUUUGCGAGCACGACCCGAUCCGGUUCAUGAAGCCGAUGCUGCAGUCGAGCUUCUGCCUGCAGCCGCCGGGUGACACGCCGACGCGGCGGUCGACGUUCGACGGGAUGCUGGCGGGGUGCGUGCCGGUGUUCUUCGAGGAGCUCUCGGCGAGAAGGCAGUACACGUGGCACCUGCCGGAGGAGGAGUACGGCGAAUUCUCGGUGUUUAUUGCGAAGGAGGAUGUGGUGGGGAAAGGGGUGAAGAUUCUGGAUGUGCUGAUGAAUAUACCGAGGGCCGAGAUUCGGAGGAAGAGAGAGAAAGUGAUGGAGAUGCUGCCGAGGAUUAUGUACCGAAAACACGGGAGUUCGUUGGGUUUGAGGAGCAAGAAAGAUGCUUUCGAUAUCGCCAUUGAAGGCACUCUGCAGAGGAUUAAAUCAAGAACUCAACAAUUUGCAGCUCUCAGAAAAUGAAAAAAAAAACUUUUUUGUUGUAAUUACUUUUAAGUUAUGAUUAUGUGUUCUUCGGGUACUAAUUAACACGUAAGUUAUGUGUUCUUCGGAACGAAUUAGCACUAGAUUAUAGGCGGCGGCCGUAUUCGUGUUUCUACAAGAAAAUUUUGAAUUUCUACUU